AUGUACUAAGGAGAGUAAAUUAGUUAUACAUACUAAAAUUUGGUUUAAGAUGAACCCUACAAUCAAAUCGAUAACAUGCCUCAUGUACCCUAACAAGUCUAAGAAGGUUACAAAAGAUUCUUCUCUGAAUUCUUACUCAAGAAUCAGAAAGUUUACAUUGAAAAAAUGAAAUAAGCUGUCGAAUCACGUAAGAAAUGCUUCGAGCUUGACUUAGAAGAUUUGUAAUCUUACAACUCUGACCAUUACUAGCUUCUUAUUUAAAAGCCAAACGAUUAUCUUCCUCUUCUUGAAAAGGCUGCUUCUGAAGCUUUCUACACAAUUACUAAUAACCGUAGCAACUUCUAAGUUUUUCUUAUCAGUACUUAAGACCCUAAGAAUCUUCGUGAUAUUAAGGCUUCUUCUAUCUCGAAGCUUAUCACUGUCUCUGGUAUUAUCACUCAAGCAACUAGACCUUAUAUUCGUAGUAAAAUUUUAUACGUAGAGUGCUCUAAAUGCCAUCAUUAAUUGAGUUUAGAAGUUAGCUAAGGUUUGGGUUCAGUAUCAAUUCCUCCUUACUGUAAGAAUCCUAACUAAAGUAACGAAAAGUGCCCUGUUGACAGUUAUGUUGUAAUUCCAGAAAAGUGCACUCUUAUAGAUUAGCAAAGAAUGAAACUUCAAGAAUCUCCUGAAGAUAUUCCUACUGGUGAAAUUCCUCGUACUUUUUCUCUUUGUGCUGAACGCUAUUUGGUCAACAGACUUGCUCCAGGUACUCGUGUUGUUUUGACUGGUAUUUACUAAGUCUUAGAGAAAACUUCAAUUUCUAACAAAACAAUAUCUUCUACCAACUCUAAGAUAAACUAUAUUCAAGUUGUUGGUUAUAAACUCGAAGAUGAAAUUAAGAAAAGAUCAAGAAGCUUUACUACCGAAGAAGAAGAGGCUUUCUAAACUCUUUCCAAAGAUCCUAAAAUCUUUGAAAAAAUAGGAUAAUCCAUAGCUCCUGCAAUAUUCGGUUUUGAUGAUAUUAAAUAAGCAAUAGCAUGUCUUUUAUUCGGUGGUUCUAAAAAGAUUUUAUAAGACGGAAUAAGACUUAGAGGAGACAUUAAUGUCUUAUUGAUCGGUGAUCCUAGUACUGGUAAAUCUUAAUUUUUGAAAUUCGUCCAAAGAAUAGCCCCUAAUGCAGUAUAUACAUCCGGUAAAGGUUCUUCUGCUAGUGGUUUAACAGCUAGUAUUACAAGAGACCCUCUUACUGGUGAAUUUUAAAUUGAAGGUGGUGCCAUGGUUUUAGCUGAUGGUGGAGUUGUGUGUAUUGAUGAAUUUGAUAAGAUGCGUCCUGAAGACAGAGUAGCAAUUCAUGAAGCUAUGGAACAAUAAACUAUCAGUAUUGCUAAGGCUGGUAUAACAACUCGUCUAAACUCUCGUUGCUCUGUUCUAGCUGCUGCCAAUCCUAUUUUUGGUUCUUACAACGACUUGAAGACCAUUGAAGAUUAAAUUGAACUCCAGACUACCAUUCUUUCUCGUUUUGAUACAAUUUUCGUUGUUAGAGAUCCUAAAACCUAGGAACAUGAUUAACGUCUCGCUGAACAUGUUCUUAACUUGCACAUGAUGAAUAACUAAAAGAACGGAGGAAGCAUUAAUGCUGCUGUCAUGGAAUAGGAAAUGCUUGAAUAAAAAGGAGUUGAAAUUGAGUUAAAUCUCUUAAGAAAAUACAUCUCAUACGCUCGUGCUAAAAUCCAUCCUCGUUUGACUGAAAGAUCUGCUUAAAAAAUUUAAAAUUUAUACGUUGAAGAUAGAAAGCAAUCAAAUCAAGGUCACUCAUCUAAGAAGCACCAUAUUCCUAUAACAGUUCGUUAAUUAGAAGCCAUUAUUCGUUUGAGUGAAUCAAUAGCUAAGAUUUAAUUGAGUGAAGAAGUUACUGAUGAACAUAUCAAUAAAGCACAUGAACUCUUCUAAAAUUCUACAAUGAACGCCAUAUAAAACGGUAAAGAAUUAGGUUUAGAACUUCCUUAAGAAUUAUAGUCUCUAUGCUUUAAAAUCGAAGAAUCUAUUCGUCACAAUAUUCCAGUAAAUGGAAGAUACGAUUUCACUUCUCUUAAAGAUAAAUUGUUUUCUAAAUUUAACAAUGCUCGUGCAGUAGAUUAUGCCUUUUAUAAGUUGAUUAAAGAUGGAGAGUUGCAAUAAGUUGAAGGAAACAGAUUUAUUGUUCGUAAGAAGUGA